AGGCAGUUCCGCAAGUGCAGACAGGAUUUUCCUUCGCUGGACGACAUCACCAGGUUUUCCAUGCCGGUGUUCCCAGACCAGUGCGGCUGUGCUGGGAAAAGGGCUGUUGCAGUGCAGUGGGUGAAGCAGUGCCCAUCCCAGGGGAGCUGUGCCCGCGCCAUUCCCGGUGCCCACGCACGCAGGGAUGCGCUGUCCCCGGCUCCCUGAGAGGGAGCAUCCCGCCCCGACGGUGCCUGAGCAGCACCUAGGCCCUCGCCAAGGGCUCGGUGUCCCCGAGCCCCCGCGGCGCUGCUGCGCCCUUCACUUCGACCCACUCGGCUUCGGCUCCGUGCUCGCAGCCAUGCUCCCGGGACAGUCACCUUGGCCGCUGUGUCACUGCUCUGUCACUGCGCCGGGCUCUGACAGCGAGGAUUUCCCCGGCCCCGGGUGAAUUCCCCGCAGUGAGAACGCGCCCAUCCCCGCCCCGCCGGCGCAGCAGGCGGUAAAGCCCCGGAGCCGGGCUAGGGGGGCAGGCAGGCUGGGGACCCCGGCUGACAAAUCCUGCUGCUGUGACCUUUUGCCGAACAAGUUCCCCUGCGAAAGCACCUCGCCGUGACCUCAAUGCGGGCUGCGCCGCGCGUUUCUCCCACACGGCAUUUCUCCUGCCACCGCCGUCCUGCCGUCUCCGUCCUGCCGCCGCCCAUCCUUCCCGACCGCUGGCCUCCACCCCGGGCCGGCGCCACGGGACGCGAGGAGGCCAUGGCACUCUGCGCGCAGUCUCUGGAGAUACAGCCAGAACUUUUUGUUCACAUGGCAGCAGCAAACUCUUCUCCACCGGGUUCUUUGGAUCUAAACCAGCCUGGGUUUGCAAAGGAGAUCCUGGGAACUAAACUGGAGGUCAAAUACCUCUGCUCCGAUUGCAAGAACAUUCUGAGGCGGCCAUUCCAGGCACAGUGCGGCCAUCGCUACUGCUCCUACUGCCUGAAGAAAAUCAUCAGUGCUGGACCUCAAAAGUGUGCCAGCUGUAUCCAGGAAGGAAUAUAUGAAGAAGGAAUUUCUAUUUUGGAAACAAGCUCGGCUUUCCCAGACAACGCAGCGCGGCGGGAGGUGGAGAGUCUGCCUGCUGUCUGCAUCAACAGUGGCUGCACCUGGAAGGGGACCAUCAAAGAGUAUGAGGCUCAUGAUGAAGUCUGCCCUGAAUUCCCGCUGACUUGUGAAGGCUGUGGGAAGAAGAUUCCCAGGGAGAAGUUUCGGGACCACGUGAAGACCUGUGGCAGAUCCAAAGUACCUUGCCGGUUCGAGGCUGUGGGCUGUGCUGAGGUGGUGGAAAAUGAAAAGCUCCUGGAACAUGAAAGCAAGUGUUUAGCAGAGCAUCUCCACAUGCUGCUGAGCUCUCUGCUCAGCCUCAAGGCUGGUGCUGGGGACCCGAAAUCCCUUCCUGUCCUUUCCUCAUCACAAAACAGCUCCCCACUGCUGGCAGCAAACUCGCUGUGCUCUGAGUCGGAGCUCUCCCGGUCCCUGGAGCUCUUGGGAAGGUGUGAGGCCCUCGAGAGGAAAACAGUGACCUUUGAGAACAUUGUCUGUGUGCUCAACCGGGAGGUGGAGAGAGUAUCCCUGACAGCUGAAGCCUACAGCCGCCAGCACCGGCUGGACCAGGAGAAAAUCGAAACGCUGAGCAACAAGGUCCGGCAGCUGGAGAGGAGCAUUGGGCUCAAAGACCUGGCCAUGGCCGAGAUGGAGGAGAAGAUCCGGAACAUGGAAGCUUCUACCUACGACGGGGUUUUCAUCUGGAAGAUAACGGAGUUUGCCCGGAAGCGCCAGGAGGCAAUAACAGGCCGCUCUCCUGCCAUCUUCUCUCCAGCUUUCUACACCAGCAAGUACGGCUACAAGAUGUGUCUGCGCUUGUACCUGAACGGGGACGGCACCGGGCGUGGGACCCACCUGUCCUUGUUUUUUGUGGUGAUGAAGGGACCCAACGACGCGCUGCUGCGGUGGCCCUUCAACCAGAAGGUCACCCUGAUGCUUCUGGACCAGAAUAACCGGGAGCACAUCAUCGACGCCUUCCGCCCUGACGUGACGUCCUCGUCCUUCCAGCGCCCCGUCACAGAGAUGAACAUCGCCAGUGGCUGUCCCCUCUUCUGCCCCGUGUCUGUCAUGGAAGCCAAGAACUCCUACGUGCGUGAUGAUGCCAUCUUUAUUAAAGCCAUCGUUGAUCUCACGGGCCUCUAACCCUCCUGACCUGGGAGCAGUGAGCGUGGAGCCAGCCCUGCCCGGGCAUCCCCCGCUUGUGCUGCACUUCAGGCGGGUCUCGGAGCGAGGAGGGGGCACAGAGUGGAAGGGGAAGAGCCCCUCCUGAAAAGGGACCUUCGCUCUGAGUGGAAACGAGGUGUCUGAUGGGAGCCCUCUUUCCUGAGGAGAGGGUUGGGUGGACACUGGCAGGCUGUGGGAUAUGGAAGAUUUCCUGCAGGGACUUGGGUGUCUGAACUGCUGCUGUCUGGACUCCCAGUGGAAACCAGUGCAGCUCUUGCUCUAGCAGUUUAGCCGACAUCCACAGCUCUCAGUAGUAAAACAACGGUUUGCCCUGUCUGAGCUCCACCUCCUGUGGAUUUUGGCUCAGCUGUCUAGGAUUUCCUUCUGAGAUCUCCGUAUUCCUGGAAGUUGUGUGCUGUAGGUGCCGUGGCUCUGCACUGCUGGUUGCUCCGUGCCCCGGGAGACAAGGAGGGUGUGUGAUGGCUGCAGUGCCAGCUGGGCAAGAGCGACACAGACUGGUUUGGUGCCGUUGGUGUGUUAGGAGGGUGCUGAACCCAGCUGCAGGGCAGGGCAGCCCUGAGUCCAGCCCUCACUGGGUGUGUGAUGGGUGGUGUGUGCUGGAGUGCGGAAUGGGGCAGGAGGUGCUGCUGCCCAGGAGGGAGCGCGGGGCAGCACCAGCGAUGCCUGUAGGGAAAGAGAAGUGAAUCUGCUGUGGAGAUUGUCCCUCCUGUGCCAGGAGAGGAGGGUGACACACAGCUUGGUGUGCACCCUGAGAGCCCCAGGCCCUGCCCCAUAUGCCGAGCUGCACUGGGUGGGGUGGGUGCUGUGCUGGGAGCUGUUUUUGCUCACAGGCAACGGCACAGGCUCUGAACUGGCUUCCCUCCUACGGCAGGACAGCUCCACCAGCCUUCCCCAGGCUUCUGCUGCUGCCCAGCUCCGUGUCUGUGUGCAGCCAUGCUGCCGUGUCCGUCUGUCUGGGCACUGCUGCCUUGGGCUGCGUGACGUCUCCUGUCUGCCCAGGCAGUGGGCAGUGCUGCUCCUCGGGCACCCUCCUCAAUGGCUACCUGGCCCUCCACUGCCAGGAGCCUGGCCCAGGUCUGAUGGCUGCAGAGCCUGCCAGGCUUGGGGUCUGCUCACACCUUGGCUCUGGCACAGCCACCCUGAGGGGUCCAGAACACCAUCAGGCUCUGCCCUGGCAGGGAGCCCUGCGGGGUCUGGCUGUCCCCCCACGUGCUGGCACUGCCCUGACCUGCCCCCGGGGCUGUUUCAUGUCUGCCCAGGAACUCAGGGAUGCCCAGUGUCCUGCAGGCUGAGCUGGACCCUGGCCCAAGCUGAACCUCUUGCAUGCACAGCUGCUGUGCUGGCCCGGGGCUCUCCAGACAGGUGCUGGGGUGACCUCUGAGCCCCCUUUGGAAUCGCUGCGUGGAACUUCUCCCACCUGUGUGUGCAGGGGUUGGGGGCAGACCCAGCCCCUGCUCUUGGGGGAGGGGGACAGAAGCCAGUGACAGCACAGCCAGCCAGAGGUGGGAGAGGGGUGACAGGACCCUUCCCUUUGUGCAAGCCCCCUCCAGCCUGUCCCAAGGGACAGAUCAAGCCCUGUGUUGCUGCUCUCACCCUGUGCCUUAUGAGGAAAAUCCAGGUUGGCAGAGCCCUGCUUCCAUUCACAGCAGCUCCCAUGGGAGGCUUGGAAAAGCCUGGGAAGGGAGAGGAAGGUCAGCUCUGCUCAUAGAAUCGCUGAGAAUUAAGUGUUAUGUGGGGCCAAGCUUGUUCUGUGUUGAUCUGAACGUCUCUGCUCCUGGGGUGCUGCCUGCAGCGGGGCUGAGGGCUAUGGCCAGGCACUGCCGGGAGGGACUGUGGAGACGCUGGCUCAGCUGGGGGGUCUGGGCUGCUUUCGGGGUGGGAGCUGGUCCUCCUGUCCCUGCACGUCUGGAAGGUCGGUGGGAGAGUCGGUGCUGCAGCAAAGCUCAGGCUGAGCUCUUCCAGGCCAUGGGAUUACUGGUGGAGGGGAAACAUGGCCUGGCAGCCCCUCCCUCUGGGAGCUUUUUCCUCCCCACCCUUCUGGUGCUGCUGACGCUGUCUGGGCCUUUUUUGGCUUUUAGCAGCUCUGGAGCUGGCAGCAGGAAUUGUCCCUAUGUGCUGCAGGCAGGGGCCCAGCCCCUUCCUGGGCACAGCUCUGCCAGCCUGGUGGCCACACGGACAAACAGUGGCCACAAGCCACCACUGGAUUGUUGUGGGUUUUUUCCCUUUUGACCACACCAUCCUAGCCUGGCACUGUGAACUAAGUUUUGUUUUCCUUGAGGGUGUAGUAUGGUCAGAACCACUAAUAAAAGCUGUUUAAACAGC